AUGACAGAUAUGAUAUACAGCUCUAUGGUACCACUGCGACAGAUUGCUGGUUAUGCCAGCAAAGCGGUCGAAACGCACAAUGGCACUACCACUUCCUGGCUGCCCUUGAUCACAGCACCUCCUACUGAUUCACGAUGCAGUAGCCAUCUCUACAGUCCAGACGGCGCGCACCAUACUUUAGUAGCUUGUGAUCCACACCUAGAGGCCGUUGCAAACAUAACAUGCCUUCCUCGCGAAGCAGUCGAAUGGUACACGCAAAAUAAUCUACCUUAUGGCGCCACAACAGGCGUAGUCACCAGCCUCGGCCCCAUGAUAUGUCCCGAUGGGUACACAACGGCAUCUACCAGCAAGAAAGACCGGAGUUCGACCAUGGUGUUCUGUUGCCCUUCCAACUACAAUUUUGCCACAUCGACUGAUCAUGGCAAUCUAUACGAAUGUAUAUCAAUGCAGGCAGGAGAUGUGACAGUGCAUAUUUCUGGAGCCACUCCGCCAGUCACAACAUUAGCUACCGGAGACUCGUCAAGAGCACUAACUGUUGCCGGCAUCGCAGUGAAUGGCUGGACAUUUGAACCCUCACCAUUGUCAGCGUUGGGAUCUCCUACAGCGACCAUGAAUAGCGAUAUAUGGGCUGAGGAGCACCUUGGUAUGUCUACUGCGGCAGUGGCGGGCAUCAUGUUAGGUGGCACUGCUGGCAUUAUGCUUCUUGGCUUCCUACUGGGCUGGUGCUUCACUACGAAACGUUUUUCGUUCAAGAGAAGAUCAGAUGAAGAGGGUGCUCGCUAUGGAUGUGAUGGUACCAGAGAUCCUUCGACCUCAGACGAUCAUCAGGACUUCAACGCAUCCAGAGAUAUAGAGCUGUCGGACCUCAACGCCAGUGGAGUUAGAGUGCCUUCAGCAGCGGACACUGUUGUCCAGCAUAUCAAGCAUUCGAAGAGCGAAGGAUCAAAUGCUUCCGGAGAUAUGACUGCAUGA